AUGUGUGUCGUAAAGAGAACUUUAGGUAAUAUUUCUAUUGAUAAUAUUGUUUUUUCACCUAAUGUUGCAUAUUUAACAGGGAAACUAACAACAACAUCAAGUGGACCUAUUACAUCAACGACUUAUCCACCCACAAUAUAUGAUUGUGAUUUUGAAUGUAAUUGUACAUGUAAUUGGAAACAUGAUGAUACAACAAAAUUUCAAUGGAUUGUUACAAAAGGGUCAACAUUGACUUCUGGUACAGGACCUGAUAGUGAUCAUACAACAGGAUCAAGAUUGGGUUUUUUUAUAUAUAUUGAAACAAGUACACCAGCAAAAUUUAACGACACAGCUCGUUUAAUUAGUCCUGAUUUGAUUGUUACAAAUGAUGAACAAUGUUUUCAAUUUUAUUAUCAUAUGUUUGGAUCCUAUGUCUAUCGAUUAAAUGUUUAUGCACGAAUUAAUGGAAAUCUUGGUAAAGCUCUGUGGCAAAAAGAAGGCAAUCAAGGUAAUCAAUGGUUAUUUGGUCGUAUAUCAUUACGUGGUAAUAUUGAACAAACAAUUGGUCAACCAUAUCAAUUAGUUGUAGAAGGUAUUGUUGGUAAAAGUAUUCAAGGUGAUAUAAGUGUUGAUGAUCUUGCUUUUAAUCAAGGACCUUGUCCAGCAUCAACUGUUUGUGAUUUCGAAACUAGUGAUCUAUGUAAUUAUAUUAAUGAUCCAACAAAUACAAUUGAUUGGCAACGUUUUCAAGCUGGAACUGAUUCAUCAUUACCAUCAGUUGAUGUUACUUAUAGUUCAUCACAUGGACAUUUUAUGUUAUUAAAAUCAGAUAAUCCAUCAAGAAUAGGAAAUGGUCGUCUUUUAACACCAAGUUAUCCUGAUACAAGUGGCUCAUGUAUAAAAUGGUAUAUGUUAUUAAAAAAUACAGCAAUAUUAAAUAUUCGAAUAUAUGUAUUUGGUACAAUAAAUCCAAAUAUUCUUUGUACUAUUCGUGGUGCACAUGGUAAUCAAUGGAAAUUAGCACAAACAACAGUAAGAAGUGAAUUAUCUUAUCAAGUGGUAUUUGAAGGUAUUUUAAAUAAUACAUUAGAUUCUAUAGCUAUUGAUGAUAUUGAAAUAAAAUCUGGUGUAUGUGAUGAAUUAGGAUCAUGUGAUUUUGAAAAAGAUUUAUGUGGUUUUCAAUAUCUUAAAGGUGAUUUUGAUUGGAAACGAACAUCUUAUAAUAUUGAAUUAUCUAAUGCACCACAAUUUGAUCAUACAAUAAAUAAUCGAGGAGGAUUUUAUUUAUGGAUGGAUCGUCGACAGACUAUUCAAGGUAAAAAAGCUCGAAUUGAAUCUGAACUUAUGUUAGUUGAAGUACGAUGUAUAUCAUUUUGGUAUUUUAUGAAUAAUACUGUUGAUGCUCAAUUAAAUGUUUAUAUACGUGAUCCACGUUCAGAUACUUAUAAUUUAAUUUGGUCAACAGAUCAAAUUCAUGGAUCAUUCUGGGUAUUACAAGAAAUAACUGUUCGACCAAAUAUGACAGUUUAUGGAACAAAUCAAUUUACAAUUGUUUAUGAAGCUGUUGUUGGAUCAAAGACUGGUGAUUUGGCUAUUGAUGAUUUAAGUACACGAUCAGGAAGUUGUCUAUCAACAACACCACCUCAAAACAUGUAUCAAUGUCUUGAUGGAACACUUAUUGCAAAAACAAAAACAUGCGAUUUUAUUGUUGAUUGUAAAGGUGGUGAAGAUGAACGUUUAUGUGGUAAUUGUACAUUUGAAGAAACAAUUAAUCCUUUAUGUGGUUGGACUGAUGUUAGUAAAGGUUCACUUAUGUGGAAACGUGGUUCAAAUGGAACAUUAGUUGGAACAAAUCCAAGACCAACAUUCGAUCAUACAACAUAUAGUACUAGUGGUAAUUAUAUUUAUUUAACAUCAAGUAAUGGAACUACAUCAAAUUCACCAGCACGUUUGAUAACAUCUGUUUUUCGUCAAGCAAGUUCAACAUGUCGUAUUGAAUUUUGGAUUUAUUUAAUUGGUACAUUAUCAAAUCAAUUAAAUGUUAUAUUAUUAACUGGUAAUCAAAUUGAACGAGCAACAUUACAACGAUUUCAUUAUCAAUCAAUGAUUAAUUGGACAAAGGUAACUAUUGAAAUUGGUCGUAUUAAUGUACCAUUUCAAAUAUCAUUUGAUUCACAACAAUUAAUAACAGAGAGAUCGGUUGCUAUUGAUGAUAUAAAAAUACUUCAUUGUCAUUUACCACCAAUUGUUAAUCCAAAUCAAUGUCAAACAGCAGAUCGAUUUCUAUGUUCACGUGGUUCAUGUAUAGCAAAAUCUCGUAUUUGUGAUUUAACCGAUGAUUGUAGUGAUAAAUCAGAUGAAUCAGAUCGUUUAUGUGCAUCAUAUCAAACAUGUACAUUUGAUAUAUCAUUUUGUGAUUGGACACAUGAUAAAACAACAGAAUUUAAAUGGAUAUUAGUUCAAGGAGCAUCACCAUCUGAUGAAACAGGCCCAAAUCGUGAUCAUACAACUGGUUAUGCAACAGGUCAAUAUGCUUUUAUUGAAGCAUCAUAUCCACAAUUACCAGGACAUAAAGCACGUUUAAUAAGUCGAACAUUUCAACCAAGUACAGCACAGUGUCGUAUGAUAUUUUAUUAUCAUAUGUUAGGUAAAGAUAUGGGUCAAUUAAAUGUUUAUGUACGAUUUUAUUCAAAUGGUCCAUUACAAAAGAUCUAUGGUGUCUCAGGUGAACGAGGCAAUGUAUGGAUUCGACAUGAAUUAAAAUUAGAUUAUACAAUACCAUUUCAAGUAUUAAUUGAAGGUGUAGUAGGAGCAAGUUUCUUGAGUGAUAUUGGUCUUGAUGAUACAAUAUUUAUACCUGAAUGUCAACCUUAUGUAUCAUCAGAAUUACCUACGACAACAAUUACAACAUCAACAGUUGCACCAAAACCAUGUCCUAUAGCUGAACAAUUUCGUUGUGCUGGAAUUGAUACAUGUAUUGACAAAGAGAGGGUUUGUGAUUUUACUAUUGAUUGUCCUGAUGGAUCUGAUGAAGAUGGUUGUGGUCCAUGUAAUUAUGAAAAAGAUGACUGUGGUUGGGAAGAUACAUCAUGGAGUUUUUAUUUAUGGUCUCGAGUGCAAGCAAGUAAUGCUAUAACUAAUUCAUCUAAAGCACCUGGUUUCGAUCAUACACUUAAUAGUCCGGCAGGAUGGUAUAUGCAUGUUGCUGGUGAUAUGGGUGAUUUCUUUGAUCUUGCUCAAUUACGUAGUCCAUCAUUACCUGCAUCAAGUUCUGACUGUCAAAUAAUAUUUUAUUAUUGGCUUGUUGGUAAUAGUACUGGUACACUUAGAUUAUUUUCAUCAACAAAUACUAGUACAGUUUGGUCAAAAUCUAGUGCACCAGCUAAUCGUUGGAAUCGAGGUACUGUUAAUGUUGGUGCUAAUCCAGCUGGAUGGAGAUUAUUUAUUGAACUUGAACCUAAUUUGGACUUUUUUGGAGCUUGGACAGAUGAUGUUGCUAUUGAUGAUAUAUCAUUUUCACAAUGUACUGUAAAUCGAUCACGACAUGUACUUGAUUGUGAUUUUGAAACGGAUUUUUGUUCAUGGGAAACAAUUGGUUUAGCUGAUUUUCAUUGGACACGAACAUCAUCAAAAACACCAUCGAUUGAUACUGGUCCAUCUGGUGAUCAUACAACAGGUACAGGUUAUUAUAUUUAUAUUGAAGCUAGUUUACCACAAAAACCUGGUGAUCGAGCUUGGCUUGCAAGUCCAUUAAUAUCACCAACAACAUCAAGUUGUCUUGUUUUCUAUUAUCAUAUGUUCGGACCUGAUAUUGGUACAUUAAAUGUAAUGUUACAAACAUCACUAUCAAAUCUAACUAUAUUUACACGAAAUGGACCACAAGAAAAUCAAUGGAGAAAAGGAGAAGUAGAUUUUCAAAGUACACUUUCAUAUAAACUUGUAUUUGAAGGCAUUGUUGGAAAUAGUUGGAAUGGUGAUAUAGCACUUGAUGAUAUUCAACUCUUUUAUGGUAAUUGUUCACAAACAACAAAUGAAUGUACAUUUGAACAUGGAUUAUGUGAUGGUUGGGGAAAAGGUACUGAUGGUGAUUUUGAAUGGUCUCUUGGUCGAAAUGGUUCAACACCAAGUGGUACACCUACUGUUGAUCAUACAUAUUCAUCAGCUAUGGGAUAUUUUCUUUUUGUUGAUCCAACUGAUCGUUCAUUUGGUGAUGAAGCUCAUCUUGUUUCAUCAAGUUAUACAGGUAAUCAACUAAGAUGCUUACGUUUCUGGUAUCAUCUUUAUGGAACUGAACAAGGUAUAUUACAAAUACAACAAAAACCUGAAACAGGUCGACCGAAAAUAAUAUGGACGAAAUCAAAUGAUCAAGAUAAUAUCUGGCGUCAAGUACGUGUUACUAUUCCACCAUUAGUUGAUUUGAGUACAUAUAGAAUUCAUAUUAUUGGUAUUGUUGGGCCAAAACCAACUGGAAAUAUGGCUAUUGAUGAUAUAUUAAAUAUUGAAGGUGAAUGUUCUGGUUCAGAAGUUUGUACAUUUGAAGAAGAUCUUUGCAAUUGGAUUAAUGGACAAAAUGGUUUAGUUGAUGAUUUUGAUUGGUUACGUAAUUCUGGUUCAACACCAACUGUUGGAACAGGUCCAAGUAUUGAUCAUACAUUAGGAACAUCCAAUGGAAUGUAUUUAUAUAUUGAAGCAAGUACUACAGCUAAUAAAAACACAAUAGCAUGGUUAAUGUCAGAACAUCAUGAUUCUGGUCCACAUUGUUUGGUAUUUUGGUAUCAUCUUUAUGGAAGAGAUAUUGGUGCAUUAAAUGUAUAUUCACGUAUUGGAACGUCAAAACCUCAACUUGAAUGGAGUUUAACUGGUGAUCAUGGUGAUCAUGGUGAUCAAUGGCGAAUGGGAGCUGUUAGUGUUAAUAUGGGAGCUGAAUUUUAUUUCAUUAUCGAAGGUACUCAUGGUGGAAGUUAUCUUGGUGAUAUAGCUAUUGAUGAUCUUCUUGUAUUACGAAAUUCACAUUGUGCAGUUCCAACAACAACAACAACGACUACUACAGCGAUAACGACACUUGGUCUAAAUACAUCAUUAUCAUGUAAUUUUGAAAAUGAUAUAUGUAAAUGGACACAUGAUCUAACAAUAUCUGGUAAAUGGUCACGACGUCAAGGUCAAACAAAUGGUCUUCAAUAUGAUCAUACAUUACAAACUGAAGAUGGUUGGUUUAUUGAUACAUCAGAUUUAAAGAGUAAUCAAACAGCACGUUUAAUUAGUACAAUAAUUUCAAUAACAAAUCGUGGUUUAUGUUUUCGAUUUUGGCAUCGUGCAUUUGGUUCAAAACAAGGAAAAUUAAAUUUAUUACAAAGAACAUCAAAUCAACAAAAUACAACAUUAAUUUAUAGUAUACGACUAAAUCUUGAUAUUGAUUGGCGUGAAGCUUUUGUUUAUCGAGAAAUAUUAGGCGAUUAUCAAUUCAUACUUGAAGGUAUUGUUGGUAAUAAAUUUACUGAUUUAGAUAAUAUAGCUAUUGAUGAUAUAACAACAAAUGAAGGUCCAUGUUCAACACAAAGAUUUUGUGAUUUUGAAUCACAAGAUAUAUGUGGUUAUGUUCAUGAUCCAUCAGGUAAUUUUAAUUGGACUCGUUAUCGCGGUCAAACAAGUAGUACGAGUACUGGUCCAUCAUAUGAUCACACAACAUUUACAAAAGAAGGUUAUUAUAUGUAUAUUGAAACAAGUGCACCACGUAAACCAGAUGAUAUAGCUCGUUUAAUUAGUCCAGUAUUUCCUGCAUCAAAACAAUAUAAUUGUUUACAAUUUUAUUAUCAUCAAUAUGGAGUAGAUAUUGGUGCAUUCAAUGUUUAUAAACGUGAUGUUGGUAGUUCAUUAAAUCCAUUGCAAAUUUUUAGUUCACAAGAAAAUCGUUUUGAUGAAUGGCAUAUUAUGGAAAUAAAUCUCGUAGCAUCAAAACCUUAUACUAUUAUAUUUGAAGGUGUUGUUGGAAAGAGUUUUUUAGGAGAUAUUGCUAUUGAUGAUGUUCUUAUUAAAGAACGACUUUGUCCAUCAGUUGGUAAUUGUGAUUUUGAACAAAGUAUGUGUACAUAUAAAAAUUCUGAAAAAGAUAGUGAAAUAGAUUGGAUACGAAUGCGUAAUGAUAUUGGUGAUAAUACAAUAGGAACUAAAUUUGGGACAUAUCUUGCAUUUGAUAUGACAUCAACAACUAUACCAUCAAGUCGUGCUUUACUUAUAUCACCUCAUUUAGAUAAUACAGCACAAUAUUGUUUUCAAUAUUAUUAUAGACGUUAUGGUGAUGGUCAAGGUUCUUUAAUAAUUAAUCGACAAAUAUUUGCUAAUAUGACUGCACAUGAUUUAUUAGUUAAACAUGAAAGUAAUGAUUUUACAAAUGAAUGGAAAAUUAAUCAAAUUGUACUUAAUCCAUUAUUAAAUCAAACAUCAAAUGUCUAUCGUUUAUUAUUUGAAGGUAUUAGUAUAAGUGGUGUUGGUCGUUUAAUGCUUGAUGAUUUUGAACUAAUCAAUGGACCAUGUCCACCAUUACCAAAUAAUUGUUUAAUUCAAUGUGAUACAUCAACUAGUCCAAGACAAUGUAUACCAACAACUCAAAUAUGUGAUUUUAAUAUAGAUUGUCUUAAUGGUGAUGAUGAACGUUUAUGUGGUUAUGAUUGUACUUUUGAAAGUGACCAAUGUAAUUAUACUGAUUCAUCAGUAGGUGUAUAUAAAUGGCGACGACAACGUGCAGGUCUUUCAGUACCAGGUACUAAUUCAAGACCAUCUAUAGAUCAUACAACUUUAUCACCAAAUGGUUAUUAUAUGAUUGUAUCAACAAAUAAUGGUACUAUUGAUGAACGAGCACAUUUACUUUCGCCAUUAUUUCAACAAUCAUCAUCAACAUGUGAAUUAACAUUUUAUUAUCAUAUGGCAGGAACAAAUAUUGAUCGUCUGGAAAUUGUACUUCUUCAAGGUUUACAAAGAAGUCGUAUAAGGUUAAUUAAAGGUACUCAAACUGAUCGAUGGUAUAAAGGUAUUGCUAAAAUAGGUCGUUUAUAUCGUCCAUUCCGAGUUGUUUUUGAUGCAAGUGAAACAGCAACAACAUUAGCUAAUAUAGUGAUAGAUGAUAUUCAAUGGAUUGGUUGUAAUUUACCAAUAAUUAAGAAUGAAAGAGUAGCAUGUACUACUAAUCAAUUUCAAUGUAAACGUGGUGGUUGUAUUGAUCAAAAUCGUAUAUGUGACUAUACAGAUGAUUGUGGUGAUAGGAGCGAUGAAGAUGAUUCAACUUGUUCAAGACUUACUGGUAUACCAGGUUGUGAUUUCGAAAGAAAUCUAUGUAAAUUUGUGAGUUUAUCUAAUCAACAACUUCGAUUUGAACGUAUACGUGCUGAUCAAUUAAUUAAUGAUUAUGCACCUGAAAGAGAUCAUACAUUAAAUAAUAUAGCAGGUUCUUUUGUUUAUGUUAAUACACUUGAUCAACCACCAAAUGGUAUCGGUCAUUUAAAAUCAUCGCCAUUUAUUUCAACACCUGGUUGUAAAGUACGAUUUUAUUAUUAUAUGAAUAGUGCAACAAAUCCUGGUCAAUUAACAUUUAUGGUUCGAAAUCAAACACAAGGAUUAACAACAAAUAUAUGGUCAAUAUCAAAAGUAAUCGGUGAUCAUUGGGAACGACAAGAAUUAUUAUUACCAAUAGGAUCAUUAUUGGAAUUAUUAAUUGAAGUUAAAAGUUUAGAUGGUGGUGGUGGUUUUAUUGCCCUAGAUGAUAUUUCAUUUUCACCACAAUGUAAUAAUUCAAAUUCAUUUUUACCUUAUGGUACAACACCUGGACUAAAUGAAACAACAACAACACAUGUACCAUGUACAUAUAGAUGUAAUGAUGGUACUUGUAUUGGAAAAGAAAAGCGUUGUAAUUUUGUAACGGAUUGUUCACAACGUGAAGAUGAAGUUGAUUGUGGUGAAUGUGAUUUUGAAAUAUCAACUUGUGGUUGGCAAGAUGACAGUGUUGGAUAUUAUAUGUGGGCAAGACGUAAUGCAUCAUCAAUUCUACUCAUGCCUGGUGAUAUGACAACAAAUACAACAAUAGGUUUUGUAAUGACAGUUACUGAAGGUUCAGGAUCAUUUGCUGGUAGUAGUCGAUUAGUUUCUGAACGUAUUGCAUCAACUGUAGCAUCAUGUCGUGUUACAUUUGGCUUGUAUCGUAAUGUUGAUAAAAAUGGUACAUUAGCACUUUAUCUUGAAGAUGAUUUGAAAUUAACCACAAAACUUUGGACUGAUCCACGAACAACAAUUGGUCGAAUAUGGACACCGAUAACUGUUAGUAUUGGACGAAGACGUUCUGGUUUUCGACUUGUAUUUAUUUCAACACAUGUUGGUUCAACAACAUCAUCUGAUAUAUCUAUUGAUAAUUUUAAAUUUCUUGAAUGUAAUACACAAACAAUUGGUCAAUGUGAAGGUUUUACUGAUCCAUUUAAUUGUUCAAAUGGAAAUUGUAUUCAUCAAGAUAAUUUAUGUGAUUAUAGUGAUGAUUGUGGUGAUAAUACUGAUGAAAAUAGUUGUGAAAAAUAUAUUCAAAUGUGUAGUUUUGAGAAUAAUGCAGAACCAAUAUGUUCAUGGUCACAUGAUGAUGAUGCAGACUUUAGAUGGCAACGUAUGCGUGGUGAACAAGUUCAUAAUUUUGAUUGGUAUGAUGAUUUCUGGCAACUCUAUGGUCCUGAUCGUGAUCAUACAUUAGGAACACCAAAAGGACAUUUUCUAUUUCUUGAAACAAGUGCACCACGUAAACCAAAUGAUACAGCACGUGUUAUUAGCCCAGUAUUUGUUCCAACAACAUCAGGAGAAUGUCAAUUUCGAUUUUGGUAUCAUAUGUAUGGUUAUGAUGCCGCAUCAUUAAAUGUAUAUACACGUACUUUUAUUGGUGGUCCAUUGACAUUAGUUUGGAAUCAAAAUCAUGAAAAAGGUGAUGAAUGGUUUCGUGCUAAAAUUCUUCUUAAAGUUCAACAACCAUUUCAAGUACUUAUCGAAGGUGUACGUGGUGCUAGUUAUGAAGGUGACAUUGGUGUUGAUGAUACAAGUUUUACACCAGGUUGUCAAGUACAAAUCACAGCUACAUUACCACCUAUUGUAUAUUCUACAACACAAAGUCCAUAUUGUAAUUCAACACAUUCUCAUUGUUUAACAAAUACUCGUCAAUGUUUACCAAAAGAUCAAUUUUGUAAUUUUAAUGUGGAUUGUACAGAUCAAACAGAUGAAUUAUCAUGUCCAUCAACAUGUAAUUUUGAACAAAACACAUCAUGUCUUUGGACAAAUGAUCGCAAACAAAAACUUGAAUGGAGUUUUGGUAGUGGUAGAACAGCAUCAAUGAACACAGGUCCAAGCACUGAUUAUACAACACAUAGUAUUAAUGGAACAUAUAUAUAUUUGGAAACAAGUGAUGGUAACUUUGGUGAUCGUGCUCUUUUUAUUAGUCCACUCUAUCGUAAAUCUUCAAAGAUGUGCAAGUUUACAUUCUGGUAUCAUAUGUUCGGUGAUACAAUUAAUACAUUAAAUAUUUAUGUACGUUCUGGUGGUAUUGAUACAUUGAUAUGGUCAUUACAAGGAAAUCAAGGUGAUAAAUGGUUACAAGGAAUAGCACAAUUACCAACAUGUGCAUCAGAAUUUAAUAUUCUUGUUGAAGGUAUACGUGGCACAUCAUUUACAGGUGAUAUAGCUUUAGAUGAUUUUCGUUUUGAACAAUGUUAUGAAAAUCCUCCAUUACCAACAUGUGCACAAGUUAUUGGAGAUCCAAAUCAAUUUAUGUGUCAAAGCAAACAUUGUAUAUUACAAGAAAAUAAAUGUGAUUAUGAAUUAGAUUGUUGUGAUGGUAGUGAUGAAGAUAAUAAUAUAUGUUAUGAAUAUCAACGAUGUGAUUUUGAAACAGAUUUUUGUCUAUGGAAACCAACAACUGAUAGUCAAUUAGAAUGGAAAAGAUAUCGUGUUAAUGCAAUACCAUAUGACCGACGACCACCAUAUGAUCAUACAACACGUAGUCAACUUGGUUAUUAUUUACAAUUACCUUUGAAUUCAACAAUACAAAGAGAUACAUUAGCAACUAUAUCAAGUUAUCUUGGAGUAGCAGCACAACAAGGAUGUACGAUGCGUUUUUGGAUUUAUUUUAAAUCUUCUAAUAAUGGACAAUUAGUUGUUGGUUAUCGACAUACUAUUGAAGAUGAAAUUAGACCUUUACCAUUUUCAAAUUAUCAAUCAUGUCAAACAAAUGCAAUACAAUGUUCAUGGCAACGUAUUGAUGUUUCGCUAAAUACAAUUUUAACACAAUCAACUGAAAUUAUUAUUGGUGUAAGAACCGGUGCUGAUCGUGAUGGAAUUAUGGCAAUAGAUGAUAUAACAUAUACACCACAAUGUGUUCAAUAUAAUGAAACAAUGUCAACACCAUACACAGGCCUAUCAAAAACAACUACUGCAAUAACAACAUACACAGGUCCGUCGACAACAAUUUCUACAACAACACCAUAUACAGGUCCUUCAACAACAACGACUAGAAUGACUACAAUUGCAUCCAUAGAAACAUCAGCGACAACUGGUACGGCUGAAAUAACUGCAACUACUUAUGCUCAAUGUGCUCAAUACGCUUGCUAUAACGAUGGUAUUUGUAAACCAUCAUCAACACAAAUUGGUGAACCAAUGUGCGAAUGUAAACCUGGUUUUAAUGGUCCACAAUGUGAAAAUGAAGAAACAUCACCAAAAAAGAAUAAUUUGGGUGCUAUUUUGGGUGGAGUUUUUGGUGGACUUGCUGCUAUAACUUUCGUUGUUGUUGGAUAUAUCUAUGUUUCAUCGAAAAAGCGUGCAGCUAGAGUUGCAAAUGCAAGUACACAAUUAACUGAUUCAUUAUCAAAUGGUUCAACUAAAAAUCCUACUUACAAUGAAACUGUAGUAACUGAUACAUAA